AUGUCUGCGCGACGAGGGGUUGGGCUCGGCGCGUUCGCCAACCGGAACCAGGCGACUCAAUCUUACGCAACACACGGCGCGAACCUGCGCUCGACACACCUUUCAUCACUACAAACACAACUUUCGGUAUUCCAGUCGCUACUGCACACAUUUGCGCUCGAACAUGCAUCCACCAUCAAGUCUAAUUCUACUUUCCGUGCCGAGUUUGCGCGUAUGUGCAAUGCCAUCGGUGUUGAUCCUCUCGCGGCAAGCAAUGUCAAGGGUAAAGGCGGCCGAAAAGGGUUGAUGGAAGGAGGCAGCUUCUGGACUCAAAUAUUGGGUGGUGACAUGAAUGACUUUUACUUCGAAGUUGCAGCAAGAAUUGUGGAGUUAUGCCGAGAAACAAGAGGUGAAAACGGCGGUCUAAUAGGUGUUGAAGAAUGUCGCAAAAGAGUAGGGAGAGGGAAAGCUAUUGGCGGAGGCUUAGAGCUAUCAAAUGAUGAUAUUCUCCGAGCCGUUAAGUCCCUUGAGCCUCUGGGUUCUGGAUUUAGCAUCAUCCAUGUCGGAAGCAAGCAAUACAUCCGGUCCAUACCCAAGGAACUCAACUCGGAUCAAGCGACGGUUCUAGAGGCCAUACAAGUCCUUGGUUACGUUACGGUUUCUAUGUUACAAGCGAACCUUAACUGGGAGAAAGCGCGGGCAGCGACAGUCAUAGACGAUUUAUUAGCUGACGGAUUGGUUUGGCUUGAUAAUCAAUGCGAGGAGAAUGAAUAUUGGUCUCCUCAAAAUCUCCUAGAUGAGGAUGUUUGA